CAACUGUUGACCUAGUUCCCUCGCCUAGUAAAAAUAGCGGUCGACAAUAGCUCAAACACUAUUUAUAGUGCGUAUCUAAAAAAAUCUCAAAUCACACACUGUUAUCUCGGUUGUUUUUUUUCGAAACAUCACUCGAAUACCGUCCGUGUGUCAGUCACGUCGUGGUCCGUACGGCGCAAGUCUGGAGCCCACCUAUACAACACAAGUGCUACCGUAAUCGAUAAAACCUCGCGUGAAAGACAGUCAGUUGUUUUUUCGUGAAUACCAGUGCCCUUUUAGUUGCCGCUAGAGAUUUUAGUUUAGUAAACAAGGGAACAUGUUAUAUUAGUGUUUUAAAGUGUUAGAAACAAUGGAAAGUGUUAAGAGGUACAUAAGGAGUGAGUCUGCGAGUUGCGCUCAUAUGGUUGAAGAAAGCACGGCGAAUAACAGGAAGACGGCAGACCCCCACGAGAAGCUGAAGGCUUUGUUGAACUCCCCUGAUGACGAUACGGACGACACCUUGCCUCCAUCAGAUGCUCCUAAAUUCGGGACAGUUAUACACAAUAGAAUUUUCGUGGGAGGCUUCUCUUUGACCACGACUGAUGAGGACCUGUGGAAGUUCUUCUCAGGGUUCGCGACGGUCACAGCAGCCAGGGUGAUCUACGACAGAGCUGGCGUCUCCAAGUGUUACGGCUUCGUCACAUUCGCCAGCCCCAGGGUCGCGAGGCUGAUCGUUAAACAGAGCGGGGGAGUGAUGUUCUCGCCACUGGGGCGACUGCGGGUGGCACAGGCUGUCAGGAAACAGAUGAGCCAACUCCCAGUGCUAGGCUCAGAGGCAGCCCCGCUCCAGGCUCCACUUUGCUACCAGCUGCUGUGUGCUCCACCCCUCGCGCCUCUGCAGCCCUGCGCGCCAUGCGAGUUGCCUCCACCACCGUAUGCUGUGUACCCGCUGCCGUUUGACACAACCCCAGCGAUCUACGGUCCCCCAGCUCAGUACGCGCUGGUGCCAGCUCCAUACAGCACUCCAUGCUGUGAGCCCUCAUGCUGUGCACCCCUCGACAAGCAGCCCCGGGUGCCGCCGCCACCGUUACACCCCGCGUUCAUUUACUAGACUCACCCCCCAAGAAAUAUAUUAAAGGCAUUCUCGUUUAGAUUUGGAAGUACUUAAAAAUUACUACUGAUGGUGGAUUUAAGGUAUAUUUGUGAGAGAAUGAACUAUUUAUUGGAAGUAAAACACGUUCUAAUAACAGUAUGGAACAUAAUAACAACUGUAUGGUAUAAAGCGCAUUGUACAUGGAAUCGUGAGUACAGAUGCUGUGAAUUUUUUAAUGGAAUGUACAGCUGUAACAAAGUAUACAAAAAGCCAGCAAAAGAUACCGCAAGAUACGAAACUUUAACAAGAUAAGGCCACAACAGCAAUGCAUCUUGUAGAUAACGUAGUAUUUGUCAAAAUAUUAACAUUCUCUAUAUGAAAUAAGAUUUUUUCCACUGUCACGAUAAUAUCUCCUAAAAAUACUAUCAAUAAUUCUUAUAGCCAAUGUCUUUGAUAUAUUUCUGCUCAUAACAUCAUUCGCGAAGAAGGUUUAUUUACAAAUUGUUCAGCUUCUUCGAUGUAUUCCAUCUUGAUUGCUCAAGUCUUCCAAUCCAGUUCAUGCUCAUCUUCAAACAUAACUCCUCUAUGAAUAAACUGUCUGUGAGUUUGUUUGUGACUAAUCUACGGACAUCCAGCUGCGAUGGUGUAAGUGUUCAAGUUGUCACGUUUGUUUACAUUUCUCUGAUUGUCUGGUCGCUUUUAUUUAUAGACGUAAGUACCUAUAUUUAGCUUCAACCUGGUAUAUUUAAGAAACCGUGGAUUCACGUGCUAUCAUUAUUAUUAUAGUGAAUUUUAUUGGUGUAUCAAAUUGCUAUUUAAAUCAGAUAACCUUGAUCAUUCCGUGUCGUGACUUUCAAGUUUAGAUAACAAUAAUUAUGUCAUCCACAUACCUACAACGAUCUAAAUGUGACAUGCUUGUAUCUGUGUUAAAUUUUAAAAAUAUUUAUGGAAUUUAUUCUGAAUUUAAAGUAAUAGUUACCAAAAUAUAACAUUAAACUUAAAUAAAAAUCAAACCUUUUAAUAUUCAUAUUCUAUGGCUACCUGGUGGAAACCCCAGGCGAGGUCAAUUUGAUACAUCUUUAGCUAUUCUCAUAAUUAGUGUUAAAAUACAAAUCUUUAACUUAGGUGCGGAUACUUUUUUCCUUUUUAACUAGUCAGUGAUAUAAGAAAGAACGUAAAUCGAUAUCAAAUAUAAUAUCAGUAUUCACUUCAAAAUCUUUAUCAUCUAUUAUUAUUUAUUAUUAUUUUAGCCCAUACUGUCCCACUGCUGGGCAAAGGCCUUAUCAUCUACUGAAACGAAUAUAAUAUAUACGUUCUGGUUUUUCAUAUCCGCACUCAAGUAUUUCAACACGUUGUUUUAUAAUAAUAAAUGUGCGUUAUAAGCGAAACGAAUUAAGCACAAAAUCGAUUAGUUGCUAGUAUUAGAUGACGUUACCUCUGAUAAAAGACAGAUUUGUUAUUGCUUGUUAUCCUUGAAAAGGAUUUUUGUUUAUCCUUAGUGUAAGAUUGUUUUUUGAAACCCCAAUGUCGGUGUCUAGGCGUCUUGGAAUUGAAAAUUGGAAAAAAGAUUUUGAUAGAUAACAAUUUGUAGAAUAAUCAGUACUUGUAUUUAAAUAAGUGGAUAUUGGUAUAAGAGAGAUGUAUCGUAUAUUUGAAUCGCUUGUAUGAGCUACGGUGGAAGUAGUUAGUAAAGUAUUUAGAGAUCUUUGGCGAUUGGCUGCUUGCCUACUUAACGAGGGACCUAGCUUGAAGAUAAUAAUAGUAAUUUUAGAGUCAGAUUUUAGUUUCAGUCCUAAGACGCCUAAAUCCUACGUGAACUAGAACAGAGAAAACAAAAAAAUAUUUUUUAAUAUUAUUUAGUUUUUACAUGUUGCUGUUGAAAUAAACUGGGGUCCAAGAUGUGAUAAGGAAAUGUGAAAUUCAAAGUUGGUUUAAAAAUUUUGAAAAUCACAUUUCUAUACCCGUUAUUGUUGUGUUGGGAAUAAGAGUAAACUCAGUUUUUAUGCACACAUUAAACUUGCUACCUUAUGACAAGUUUAAGCAAGAAAAACUAGCUGAAGAUGAGAGAGAAAACAAGUAUCACGAUACGAAUAAAUCAAAAUCAUCCAAAUGUUACUGGAUAUAAUAAAAAUGUUACGGCAGUUGUCUUACUUAAACAUGUCAAUAAAGCAAUCACUAAAGAAAAUUGUUUUUUAAAUGUUAACAAUGAUUGAACAGCACUCUGUUCUCCAAGUGAUUAACAAUAGACUUAUCUAACGAAUCCUUAGAGCAAUGAAAUCAUCAACUAUGUGAUAUGGGAUUAUUUGAGUAAUGAUAGCAAUAGUUUUAUUUAGUGUCAUUAGAAGUAGAUUCUUUUAAACCUUCAUAGUUUUGUGAACCGUUGCAUCGUCGUAAUGUAUUAACAUAAAUAUUGAAGAAUUUAAAUGUUUUAAAGAUAAGGUCUCUUGCACACGUGAUAAUGUAAAAAUCACAGUUAUCAAUCCUGUCGUAUCUUCCAAACAAUUAAAUGGCUUAAAAGGUGUUACAAUUCUUCCUGAUGCAGCUAGAUUCUCAAAUGUUACCAGAUUAAUAAUAGGACCAAAAUAUGAUUCCCUUCAAUCCGAAAUGUGCAAUAAUCUUCGCGUCUGUCUAGAUUAGUAUAUCACAAAUCUCUAUACGUAAAAUUGUUGUAUUAAUAUAAAUCAUUUUGAUAUUGUAUUCUAUCACUUCUAUGGCUGCUAGUUGUGUGAUGCUGCGGUGAAUGAAUUUGUAUCUAUUUUUAACUAGCUUCUCAAUAUCUUCUUUAUCAAAAUUAUCUCUUAUGAUUUAUUCUUUAUCGUGUCUUGUAUCGUGUUCUUUUAAUUUUGGUGCUUUUUGUUCUUUAUAAUAUAUAUUUCCCAGGUUUUUUUGAUUGCUAAAGCAAACUGCCAUUGCCUAGUCUGUACCUAAAAUAUCUGCUCUAAAUGUUGUAUCAACAAAUUCAUUCACCCAAGCACAGUCGAUGUGGUCUUCUGCCUUUAGAUGUAAGGCUUUCGUCUCAAUUACUAUUGUACAUCAUAAUUAUACGAUUAGUGUUACUGGAAAUGCUGUCAAUUUAUCGUCUUGGAUUUUUACAAUAUAUGUAUGUAUUUAUUGUUAAUGCUAAGUGUAGUACUUAAUGUGAUGCUUCGAUCGAGUAUCAUUUGUAUCUUCGUGUGCUUGUAACUUCAGUUCCUUGUAUUUGUGUUACCUCAGAACUAAUAUCUUAUAUACUAUCGUUAUAUCAUAGACUUUCUAUUUAAUUGAUUCACGCUUCAAAUUAUUGCUUACUGUCCUUGAAGAAGAAAGGUGUAUUUCCGAUAUUCUGAAUACUAUAGGAUCGUAAGACAUUUGCAACACUAAUACUAUUGAAUCCACGUCAAGAUGGGAAAAGACAGUACUUAAAGAUACCAAUAUAUCUGAUUCAUCAAAAAUACCUGACUCUUCAAGGAUAGUUCGAAGCAAAUUAUGGCGUGAGUCAAAAUAGCACUCAUCGUAUACAUUUCGAUGUUGCACUAUCGAUGUUUUGAGUACAAGGAAUAUUAUAUCCAAGCUAAACUUAAGGUCUAUCUUUAUCACUUUCAUUGCUUCUGCAAAUUUUGGUGUAAAUGCAUUUAAACUGGAUUCAGAUACCUACAGGUUUUUAUCGCUUAUUUUAUCAGGAAGCUUUAUUUGUUUUAAUAUCUUUGGUAAUUUUACAAAUUCUCCUUACCAUUUCAAUUUGAUCCAAAUCUCACUUAUGUACUUUAUAAAUAUGAAAUGUUUCAACAACAUUUGAGUUACCUGACAAAUGAAUAACAAUAAUACCAGUUUCAUAUGCAUUUGCACCAGAAUUUGCAACAACAAUCAUAAUACGUGGCCUAGAUACAUACUGCCUAACAUAUCGGAUAACGAAUCAGUACGCUAAAGUUAGUUAUUUUUUUUACAACUGUAUAUAAUCUCUCGCUAGUGAACGUAGUUGUGUGGACGAAUGUAAUUUAGACAAUAUUAAUGUAAUUAUAGGUUAGGAAGAUAAUGUAUUUAUUGAGAUUGUCACUUAAAUUAGGUCACGGUCGGCUUCGUUUUGUGAAACGCUUUUGGUGGAACUGGCUUUAGUUAAAAAAAUAUGUGCACAUGCAAAUCAAACAAUAAGUACUACAUAAUAUCGUUACCAAUAAUUUUGAAGCAAGAAUCCCAAAAACUAAAGUUUAAAGUGACUCAAGUCAUCAUCAUAUCCCGAGCCUUUUCCCAACCAUGUUGGGGUUGGCUUCCACUCGCAGUAAUUCAAGUUGUUGAAAUUAAAUAUCUAAUUGAGAUUAUUCUAAAUCUCUCACCAAGUUAUGUUCACCUUGACUAUGUUCACUAACUUCAGAUUUGAAUAGUAUUUUUCCUGCUGUCAGUUACCCUAAAGUCAGUUUUAACAAAACCUCGUCUUUGUCGCCAUUUGUGAACCGUAGUUAUAAUUAACUUUUAGUCGGAAAGCUGUCAAUAGUAGUAGUGGGACUCACUGUAUCACUGUCGGUAUUUCUUUCAUCAUUGUUUUUAUUAACUGGCUUCAUUUGAGCAUUUUCAGGUUUGAUGACUUUUGGAUCCAUUAUCAAUUUAAUCUCAGCUAGUGGAAAUUUUAUCAAAAUUUUAAAUUCACAAAAGUAAACUUAUCUUGUCAGGAAUUUAAAGUUUCAAAAUUAUCAGUAAUUAAAUGAGAUUUGCUUUACACAUAGUUGAACAUAGGACAUCUCCGACUUAAAAUUAAUUCCUAUUUACUCUCUUAUGUACUAUUACGUAUUUUCUCAUGCAUGAGAGAUGUUAGAGGCUCUAGAACCUUCUCCUGUCCACAUCAUAGUAUCAUGACAUACAGGGACAAAGACAAUACCGUUGUUUUGGUUGUAGUUAUUUUGUAGGAGUUAUCAUCAUGUGAUGGAUCGGUACGUCCAUUUAUCAUUUGCUUUAGCGGGUAGACAGGAUUAGUGGUUAUGCUAAAAUAAGUCUUAUGUUUUGAGUGAUUGAGUACAUUUUGGGAAAUUCCAUUGUCAUUGUUGGGAAGGUGUUCUUGCCGGGUCGGUAUUACCAUCUUAAGGGAAGUGCUUGAAGAUAAAAAUGGGUGGAGUUGUUAAAAGUUAACAUUUUUUUAUUUGCAUUAUUAUUCUCAGUAUUGUAUGAACAAUUAUUUUUUCUUUUAUUAUUCAUCUCUUUCAUGCCUUUUUCUAAUCCUUAAAUGUACUCAAUCAAAAAAACGAAACUCUACUUCUAAUAGAAAACUCUCGAUGUUAACAAAAACUGAAAUAUCCAAAAAAAAAUAUAAAAUAAUAAUUAUUAUCUAAAAUAAAAGAAAUAUUCGUAAUUCUUCUCCACUCCAGUGUCCGCAACAAAAUGCUUGAUAACUUAAGUAUUAACUUAAUAAGUUAAAUAGUAAUUGUUUAAGGAUUGUCCAAAAACAAGGCAUCUGUCAACGUUUUGUUGUUUUUGUCCAAUUUUCGAAUUGUAUAUGCUGUUUGUUUUGUAUAGUGGCGUUAUGAUAGGCGGAGAUUUUAAUAAAUAUAAUUUUAAAAAUAAUAAUCGUUUAAAUAUUAACUGCAUUUUGGACGGAGCUUAACAAUUGUGUGGUGGAAAAUAAGUCUUGUAAAAGUUAUUAACUAAAUGAAAAAGUCGCAGAUUAAAUUGGAGAGUAAGAAAAGGAAAAAGUUAAAAAAUAAAUUAAUCAAUGAAAAAAUCACAACAUCGUAAUUAUUAAAGUAAAUUAUCGUUUGAAUUUAAUAAUAAUAAAUAAUUGGACUGAAAAUAAUAAGAAAUCGUGGCGUCACUGUCCAAACGAACACAUUUUUGAUAAAAACCUUUACAAAUUUGUAGUCCAACUUUUUUGUUACGAUAGUUUUACCCUUUUUAGAGAUACGUAUAACGCGAAAUAAAUGAAUAUUAUUUGUUGAUUAUAGAAAAUAUUUCAUAGCAAUAUUUUUAUUGUUAACUACUUUUAAGGUACCCUCUUAAAAGCUAUGCGAAAUAGUAAACGGCUUUUUAUAUAUCGACCAGUGUUUAGUACGUAUGGCACAUAAUAAUUAUUAAAUAGUGAAUUUAGAGAACUAUUAAAGUCACCUAUCAAGCUGUCUGUGUACUGUAUAUGUAGCAGAAGUAUAUAUAUCUAUAUCUAUCCUAUUCUAUACUAUACAUGUUAGAUUGUGACUCUGUAUAUUUCCUAAUAACUAUUAAGCGUGGACAAAUUUUAAUGUCGUUAUUAAUUUCUAUGUUUAAUAAUAAUAAUAGAGUAUCUUCAAUAAUAAUUAUUAAAUAAGAUACGCGCUAUCGUGAUCAUUAUUCAAUCAUUACGCACAUAAGUAAAAAUAAUAAUAUACGAAUUAAUUGUAAGUUAAUAAUAAUAAUCACACCAUUGUAUCAUCGAAUGUAAUUGUUGAUUGUUAUAUUAUAAUUAUAAUACAAUUAUUGUCUAGUUAUUAUGUAUGUGAUAUUGUUAUUGGAAUAAUAGAUAUUUUAAAUGCUAAUAAAAUAAUUAAUUCUAUUACCUUUCUUGUUGACUUGUGUGUGUAAUAGGUAUUCAAAUAAGACACUAGUUGUAAAUGAAGAAUUUUAAUGUAAUUUCAGAACCUGGUCAAGUAUAUUCGUGGUAAUAUAUUAAAUAAUAUCAAACCUAAUAACUGCUUGAUGUGUUCUUGUAGGGAUAAAACUAUACUUUUUAAACAGCCUUCUGUCAUUGAAAAUCAUAUUUUACUUCAUACUUCACUAAAUAGUGUUGUUUUAAAAUAUGAAUUUAUUAAAAUUAAAUCUUCACUCCGAACAUGGCGAUGCGGGUUGUUAAAAUAAUUCACUGUUACUUUAUUUUUCGAACCCGUUAUUCAGCCAUCUUGUUUAAUAGUAUCCUAUUUGCUAUGUAAUUCAUAUUUUAAAAUAACAUUUUCCCCCAUCCCUAUAGAGUAACCAAAAUACGAAAUAUCUCUGACAAUAAUAAUUCCUAUUAUUAAUAGCAGAAUAUUAUUAUUGCCAGAAUAUUGUUAACAAACUAUGCUUGUUUGUAAACUUAGUAUGAUCUCACACGAAAUAAUAAAUUAUAGACGAUCUAUUUUACAAAAAUAUAUCUUUCCUGAAAACUGUAAUAGAAUUUUCUUUUUAAAAAGUAAUUUAGAAGCUCUCAUAUCACUUGCAAUCUGCGAAUCACUGUGAGAGGGGAACUCUUGCGCACUCAUUAAGAUCACAAUAAGAAUAGGAAAGAAAACCCCCCAAAAUAUUUUUUUUUUUUUGUUCAGGAAAUAUUUUCUUUAUUUAAUAAAAUUCAUAAUAGUAUACAACAGGUUUUUGGAUAAAUGCAAAAAUAUAAUAUUUAUUGAUAUGUAUUUGAAAUAAAAAGUUUUGUGUUAUAAAAGAGUGUGCAAGCCCCCUCUAUAGAGCUAAGUACAAUAAUUAAUAUAAUAUUGAAGCAAUAACGAAUAAAUUAAUUUAAGUCACGUGUAAUAAAUCUAAUUAAUGUACAA